AUGAGACUCUCAGCAUUUCCAUUGGCGGGACUCCUGUUUCUGGGCAGUCUGGUCACAGCCACAACAGACCCUCUGAACUACCGAAACAUCGCCGGCUACGUGGCUUCCAACACCUCAAGCGCGACCACCGCUCUAGCUCUAAUCAAGUCCCGACCGGAGUUGAGCACCUUGGGCCAGAAGGUCGAAGAACUCGGAGGGUUCGCUCAAGCGUUUGACACCGAUACGAAUUGGAAAUUCACCUUCUUCGCCCCGAAUAAUGAUGCUUUUGAAAGCUAUACUGGGGCAUACUUUGACACAUUUGAAAUAGCUCCGUAUGUCAGACAAGCAUCGAUUUAA